UGGCUGAAUUCACAAGAGCUGAUUAUGUUGUUAGUUAUGAGAUCUUAUUAUUUUUAAUAUCGGUGUAGGUAUUAUUGUGUAGAUCUAUUGUAUUAGUAGUAAUUGUGAAGAAUAGAAAAAUGAAUAAACAUUUUUAGCAACAUGCUAACUAAAUUAUGAAUAAUACAUUUUUUUAUCUAUUACACUUUCUGUAUACAUGUGAAUGAUUAACUUGUUUCGGUAAAAUUGAUAACGGGGGAUAAAUUAGAAUACUGAUAUCCUUUCGACCCGGCAGUCGGCACGCAGUUAGCUUUUAGUGCGCUGCCAAUAUUCACGACAAUCAUACCUAUUAUCUCUACAUCAAAAGCAACAAUUAAAAUGUAUUUUUUGUUACUUUUUGUUUGUCUUUUCGGAUUUGGCCAAGUGAAGUCCAACGCCAAUGUGGAGGAUCAGUGCAUUGAUUACUUCAGAAGCGGAGACAACUUUGACUUAAACCAAUUGGAAGGAGACUGGUACGCUGUGUACUAUUGGCCACCAUUGCAGCGUCAGAGAAGAAACUGUGAAACUGUCCAGUUUAAAAAGACUACGCAAGUACACAACAGUCCAGAGUGUUCUACUGUUCCAUUUAAUCAAACGCUAAUCGAAUCCAAUUACAAGAACACUGCUGGAACCAGAGUAAAUUUGCUUUAUUACGGGGAAGAUGAAGUGAAAUAUCAGAUUAGAUCAUGCAAUAAGCUUUCGAAGUACAUUUUCAUUGAUGUUGAUGACGGUUAUGUUUUGGGGAUCAAUUGUUCUACUGGGGGCAGGGGAGUUUUAUUGGCAAAGUCGCUACCAGCAAUGGGUGAAGUUCAGUCAAUAGUGGAAGACAUUGAUAUAAUGACUGGAAGAACUGGAAGUCCCGACUGUGAACUUUCUGCUUAAAAUAUAGCUUAAACGUACUAACUUUAGUAAUAGGUAUUAUUUACUUUUAAAAAUAAAUUAGUAAUUACGU